AAAAAUAGACACAAGUCCUGUAAUGCAAUUGGCACGAGAAACAGCCUCUCUACCCAUCCGUUCUUCUCGCUCUCUCAAACGAAGAAAGGUCAAGCCAAAACCUCAAGCAGUACUCCAUCACCACCUCCUUCCUUUUUCACUAUCUCUUUCUUGUCUCCUCUCUAUAGAAUCAAGAAGCAGCAGCACCCAUUACCAUUAAGCAAAGCGUCACCGAUAAAACAAAAUCCCCUUCAAUUCUUUUGCUUCGUUAUUAAUAUUAUUAUUAUUAUAUACAUUGGCUUUCAAGCCAAAAAAAAUGCCAGCCCAGAAACGUUCCUACGAGACCCUCCAGAAGGAAGAUGAUGCUCUUCUUCGGCAGCAGCAAGACCACACUAACAACAACCAUGAACAAAAGCAAGAGCCUCGAAGCGAUAUUGAUGAUGACGGUGGUGUUGGUGAGCAAUCCGAUCGAAGCCAGCCUUCUUCAAAUAUUAACGAAGACGUGAAAGAAGAAUAUGUUGUAGUGAAGUUGUCGGAGAUACGGAAGGAAGUGCAAUGCCCAAUCUGUCUAGGGAUUAUUCGUAAAACAAGAACAGUGAUGGAAUGUCUGCAUCGUUUUUGCAGGGAAUGCAUUGACAAAUCUAUGCGGCUCGGAAACAACGAGUGCCCAGCUUGCCGCACACAUUGUGCCAGUCGUAGGUCUUUGAGAGACGACCCAAAUUAUGAUGCACUAAUUGCAGCUUUGUAUCCAGAUAUUGACAAAUAUGAAGAAGAGGAAUUGGCUUUCCAAGAAGAUGAGAAGGCACGUAAUAAGGAGAUCCAGGCUACCAUUGCCCAGACUUUUGAUCGACAGGCUGAAGCUCUGAGUAGAAAACGGUCAACAGCUAAAGCGACAGCAGCAGUAUUUGCAAGGAGAACACCAAGUCGAUUUCGAGAUGCCCACUCAAGGGGAAGAAGAAAUUAUCGAAUAGCUGAACUUCAAGGAUCUGAUGACAAUGAAGAUGCAAAUGGUGGUGGAGGCAAAGAUUCAUCAUCUACUGAUGAGCACAGUGCAGAAGUCAAACCAAAAAGAUACAGGAGGUGUUCAGCUGCUUUUAAUGCAGAUGGAAGUGGUGGUGAAAAUGAUUCAGAAGUGAAUAAAGAAUCUGUGGGGGCAUCUGCUGGGCUCAUUAGCUCCUCAGAAAGGCUUGCCUGGGGCAAAAAUGGCAUGCGGAGUCACACCCGGUAUGGCAGUGCAAAUGGCAGCAAUGUAAAAAAUGCUCGAAACAGUCGCAUCUCUAAGUUAGCUGAUUAUCUACGUAACUUGGAUGAAAAUGAUAAUGAGUUGGAUAUCAACCUCAUGCUUGUUUCUUUUGAUGAACAAAGAGUACCCAGUUUGCAGCGCCCAUACCUUUGCUGCAGGCCAACUUUGUCGAUUAAGAGCCUGUGCCAGUAUGUUGCUUUCCAAACCUCUUUGCAAGCCAAUGAAGUGGAAAUAUAUUUGGUCCAAGAUAUGAAUUCCAAGCUCGACUUUUCACUCUCCAUGAGUUCUCCAGUUUCUAGACAUGGUAUAAUCGAUCCAUGCAAAGAUAAAUUGCAAGUUUUAGAACAACACGAAACUUUGGGAGGACUUAAAACAAACAAUUGCAUUCAUGGGCACCUGCUUCUGGCUUAUCAGAAAAAGCCGUGAAAGUCCGAAUGGUAGAGACAUCACCUAUCAACUGUCAUGGAUACCAAGUUUUCUACAUCUUGCUUUACACAGGUAUAGAUUUAGAUACACUCACAACAGGGAACUCUGUCGGGUUUAUCUUUCUCAAAGCGUGCACGUUCAUGACCAUCUGACAUUACAGAAAUCAUAGUAAUUGUAUAGGUUUAUUUAAACAUGAAUGAGCAUUUUAUAGCAGGAAAAUGGUGUAAGAUAUCCAACCUUGUUCGUUUAAGGCUUUGCCAUCGACUACAUUCGUUCUAUGUGCAAUGCUGUGAUUAUGAUUCUUUA